GGCAGCGGCGGCUCUGCGGCGGAAGAUGGCGGACGAAGAGCACCGUCUCAGAGCGGCCUUUACUGGCGCCUCAUCUACGGGUGAGCCGGCCGCGAAAAGAACAAAAAUCUGUCCCGUAACUAAUCAUGGAUCUAGGUUAUCCGAAAUGGACAAUUUCUCCGCCGUCUCGGGAGGCAAGGAAAGCUGGGAGCCGGGGCUGAGUUACGCGCAGCCCGUGGAAAAGGAAUCGAAGCCGGUGAUGGCGGUGGAACAGGCCCCAGCGCCAGGCGCAGACAACAAUGGGCUGGAGCCUGGAUACAGAGCAGCGGACAGACUUCUGGACAGUGACGGGCUGGAGGAGCCGGAGGACGGCUCUGAUCUGAUGGGACCAGAAGACUUUCCCUCCAAUGGCUUAGCUGUCACUCCAGAGCACAUCACUGAGGAAGACGACAGGUCUUCACAUGCCAGCUCCAGUGACUGGACUCCACAGCCACAGAUAGGCCCCUACAGUUUGCUCCAGCAGCACAUCAGAGAGACGGAUCCCAGGGCCAUUCUGAGAGACCUUCUGCCAGAGACCAUCCUCCCUCCAGACCUGGACGACAUGACACUGUGGCAGAUUAUCAUCAACAUCUCAGAGCCGCCCAAGAGGAAGAAGAGGAAAGACAUCAACACUUUGGAAGAUGUGGUCCGGCUCCUCCAUGAGAGUAAAAGGAUCCUGGUGUUGACUGGUGCUGGGGUCUCGGUUUCUUGUGGGAUACCAGACUUCCGUUCCCGAGAUGGUAUCUAUGCACGGCUCGCUGUAGACUUCCCUGAUCUUCCAGACCCUCAGUCCAUGUUCGACAUUGAGUACUUCAGACGAGACCCAAGACCUUUUUUUAAGUUUGCAAAGGAGAUUUACCCUGGUCAGUUCCAGCCAUCACCCUGUCACAAAUUUAUAUCGAUGUUGGAUAAACAGGGAAAACUUCUGCGUAAUUACACCCAAAACAUAGACACGUUAGAACAAGUAGCUGGAGUUCAGAGAAUAAUUCAAUGUCAUGGUUCAUUUGCAACAGCGUCCUGUCUUGUCUGUAAAUAUAAAGUUGAUUGCGAUGCCAUAAGGGAUGACAUCUUUAACCAGGUAGUCCCUCAUUGUCCACGCUGUCCGGAUAUUCCCCUGGCGAUCAUGAAACCAGAUAUUGUGUUUUUUGGAGAGAAUCUUCCAGAAAUGUUUCACCGAGCCAUGAAGCAGGACAAAGAUGAAGUUGAUCUCUUGAUAGUCAUUGGCUCAUCGCUCAAAGUUCGACCAGUUGCUCUCAUCCCAAACUCCAUCCCUCAUGAAGUGCCUCAGGUGUUGAUCAACAGGGAGCAGCUUCCUCAUCUGAAUUUUGACGUGGAGCUCCUGGGAGACUGUGAUGUCAUUAUCAACGAGCUCUGUCAUCGUUUGGGUGGGGACUUUGAGCAGCUCUGUUUCAGCGCUACUAGACUCGCCGAAAUCACAGAGAAACCCCCGCGGUUACCAGAGCAGCCACCAAACGAGGCCUUGUCUGAAUCUGGUGAAGCAGCACAGGAGGAAAAGCACAGUACAGACUCUGUAUCUAAGCCUUUAGAAGAGACACAAAGUCCAAAAACAAAUGUUCCGAAACAGACUACACAGACUGCUGGUAACAGCCCUGCACCACCACAAGAGCCUUGUCCAAACACCCAGUGUCCCAGUGAAGACACGACACAGCCUUCAGACCAACCAGCAGAAGAAGAAACCACAGAGGAGGCUACUGACAUAAGGAGCUCCAGCCUGGAGUUCAGACGGAGAUGUUGGAUGAGCCGACUCAACAGGAGCCCUAUCAGCAAACGCCUUGAGACGGGACAGUACCUCUUUCUGUCUCCAAAUCACUACAUCUUCCACGGGGCUGAGGUGUACUCCGACUCUGAGGAGGAGACUUCCAGUUCGUGUGGUAGCGACAGUGAGGAGUCGGAGUGCAGCGGAGAGGGGUUGGAGGACGGUGUGGAGGACAGCGAAGGCGAGGACAAUAGCACGUUAGCACCUGAGGGAGAGAUGGACAGUGUUAGAGACACGGAACAGCAUGCUUUAGCCAACGACACCACGCGAAGUGCACAAACAGACAGCGUUUCUGAACAGACACAAGACACCACAGAUCUUUAAAUGUACCCAGUCAACAAAGCACUAUUGUCUUUUUAUAUAAAUGUUUCGUAUAUAUAUAUAUAUAUUUUUGGCUCAUCAACCUUACUAUUAUUUUUUCAUAAAGUUAAAAUUGCGUGACAACCUUGUGAAUAUGCAGCAGUUCUGUUUUUUGUUAUGAUCACAUCACAUGCAUUGUGUCUGAAAUCUCAUACACUACUUUGGUGUAUACUACUACAAAAUAGAAGCAGUAGUUCAGUUGGUUAUGUUGUUGGUGGUUAAUUUUCUUUCAUGAUAAACCACAUGCAUGUCUGUCUGCAUAAUUUGGGGUUAAUGAUGUUCUUUCAUGUUUGAGCUCAUGUUUCUAUUGCAAACCAUGUAAAUAUGUAAAGCUACUGCCUGCUACCUUAGUGGGUGGUAUGAGUUUCAGACACAUACAUAAAUCUAUGAAGAUGGUUUACUUGAAAGAGUUGUGUAAUCUGCAAUAUUUAAGGUUUUAGCUUGGAUUUUGAUGUGAUAUUGCUGGAGGAUUUUAUAUUGUAUGUGGUACUUAUACAUAACUGUAGGGUGACCAGAUGUCCCUAUUUGCCUGGGACAGUCCCAGUUUUGAACCCUAUAUCCCCUGUUCCAGAAGAAUUAUCCAAAACCACUGAUUUGUCCCAGUUUUAUACAAGAAGGUGUCCCUAUUUUUGACCAAAAAAAGAAAAUAUUGUCAAUAUUGUGUUUAGUUAAAACACAGAAAAGCAUGCUUGAAACUGACUUUAAAGCAAAAAAAAAAGCACCCUGAGUCUAAGUCACAAAUGGACAAUUUUAAAUGCUGUUUUCAGUUUUAUUUAUACCAACCAUCUCAACCCAGGUCCCAGUUUACAAUUUUGAAAAGCUGGUCACCCUGACGUAGCUGAAGCAUUAUCUCAAAUGAGGGUGAGUCUUAAAUACGUUUAAAUACAGAGCAGUUCCUUCUAAUAAUUUUCUAUACAAUCAGGAACAAAUCAUAAAUAAUUGUAGCAUUGUAGAGAGCAGCAUUCUAUGAAAGUAUUCUAUAGAGGCUCUCUAGAUAUUUAAACAGAAUGGAUAUUGUACACCUGGCACCUGACAAUAAAUACAAGUAUCACAUACACAUUUUCUUAAAACAGCCACAAUAUCACUAAAAACUGUUGGAUGUUGCUGAAUGAAAGUAAUCUUUAAUUUUACACCAAAGAACACUUAAUUGUUUUGUAUGUUUAAUGGUCUAAUGUUUGGAAAUCUGAUAAAAGGUGUUCUUUCUGAAAUGCGGCAGCUACUUUUUACUGUCAGGCCACUUAUUUUUUUAUAUUCCAAUGAGACAUACUCAACAGAGAGUAGGUGAUUGUUAUAAUUCGCAAAGGUAUACUAAGCUGUACUUUCAAGCCUUAGAAGUGUACUCUGUUCUAAUGUUGGAGAUGGCACUUUUUAUUAUACAACUGGUUCUGUUGGCCAUGAGUUUUCAUAAAAAAAACUGUACAACACAAAGAGUUCUGCUGCCUGUGAAGUUUUGGUACAUAUUUCAGAAUAUAUUUGGCACAAACACUCACAUGCCAUUGACAUUUUGUUUACGGUUUUAAAGAAAGAGUUUUUACAUUAUUGUUGUUCUCUCUUCUGGGAUUUUCAGUAAACAAUUGAAAAACAGUGA